CUUAUAAGGUGCGUCUGUCCAUGCGAGAGCUAGAAUCUUUGAAAAUCAAUUAGAGUCCUAUUCCAGAAUACUCUACGAUCCGCCCACGAAUCACGCGACGCUACCUUUUUCCUUUAUCUUGUUUUGAGUCUAUACCAACACACCAUCCAAAAUGAGCCACUUCAGCAACCCCGACUCCGUUGCCAACCCCCAGCAGGGCGAGUUCAAGCCCUCCGUUAAGCCUAGCGGCCCUCUCGAGGAGGGAGGGCACCAACCCGGCCGCAAGGUCGCGCCCGCCGACUUCGCCCCGGAGUUCCGCGCCGAGACAUACCCGGCCGGCACGGCGCCCGCCUCAAACUCCUACAGCGCCAACACCACCAGCGAGGUCGGCGGCCAGGCCCUGAACCCCAACGUCGAGCGGAGCCACGGCAAGGAGUCCGUCAAGACCUCCGCCGCCGACACCCUGAUGGGCGCCACCUCGCGGGACGUACACACCGGCCUGGGCCACCCGGGCUCCGGCCAGUCCAGCGCCGAGCUGCGUCACGACGGCCAGCCAGGCCGCAAGGGCCAGUCCGCCGGCCUCGAGCAGGUCGGCGCCCACGCCGACAGCAAGCUCGAGCGUGACAUCCCCGGCCAGCGGGCGCUCGACCGCGACGAGGCCCACCUCGCCGGCCCGCGCGGCGACAAGGGUGCUCUCGCGGCAGAGGACCGCCAGCCCGAGCCCGCUACCACCGCAGCCGCAGAGUGGAAGUAUGAGCCCGGCACCAAGCGGGACAACACCCACAAGCACUGA